AUCCGCGGUCGCUCUGUUUUGCCGGUCUUUUGCUUUUUUGAUGAUUUUGCUGAUUUUUAAAUAUAUUUGGCGAAAUGGCGAACCAUCGCAAGGAAAUGUGGAAGCUGCUGUAUAAUCUGGUGAAUAGGAACGAAGGCAACUUGUCGCAGGCGUACACAGUCAUUGAGGACAUACUGUGCCAGGAGCCGAGUCUCAUCAGUUGCUCGCUGGUCCGCGAGCUAAACAACAAAUUCCAAGACACAUUUCUGCUGUGGCUGCUGAACAAACUAGCCAAGUGCUUGGGCGAGAGUGCUGAAGGCAGUCGGUGCCUCAAUCUGCAGAGGAAAAUUAUUAGCUCCUGCUGCUCGAAUCAUCCGAAGCUGUACGAGCGCCUGGUGAAGGCCUAUGUGGAGGCCCUGCAGGAGAUUCAUGUGCAAUUGAGUGCACUUGACUACAGCGAAGGGUCUGCGAGGAACAAUAAGACACUUACCCUGCGGAUAUUCACGUGCGAUGCCGCUCCUCUGCUGGAAUUCGAUCCCCAGUGCGCAUUCGAGGACAUCCAGCUGUCGGUGGACACAGCGGAUGCUUAUGCCAAGAGUUUGAUGGCGAUACUGCAACACGCGCACCACAUUGGAGAUGCCACACAUGGCGACAUAUUCUCGGGCAGCCUGCAGCAGGCGCUGCUCAUCCUCAAGGAGUGCGACAUGGACACGAAGCUGGCCAGCCUGGACUACUGCCACGGCGUGUUGAAGUCUCAGUCCUCCCAGAGCUGGGUGUCCAAUCCCGAUGUGGCGCACUACGCGCAGCUGACACUGGAGGCUAUCACCAUGAUGUGGUCCAUGGCUGGCAAGUGGCUGGAAAUGGUUUGCAUGAGCCAGCAGGAGCUGAAACGACUCGAUGUCUGCACUCGCCAACUGUUGCUUGUGCUGCAGCUGCGUGGCCGCGAGGCCCUGCAUCAGAGUUUUCUGCUCCUAAAUGAGAUUCUGUGCUUGUCCAAGAACCUGCAAAUCGACGAGGGAUUGCUGCAGUGUCAGAGCGAUUACGUGCAAGGCCUGCUGGAGGAUAGUUCGGUGUCUUCGAUGGAGCAACUGUUGCUGCUGAAGGAGCUCUUGAUGAGCCACUGGCGCUCGCAUCCCGCACAGCUGCUGCCACUGUUGGCGCUGCUGGCAGGGAAGCAGCCCGAAAUGCGCUCGUCCAUCGUUCAGGCCUUGACGCUGUCGCUCUCCCAGCUGCUGCCGCAGAACCAGCACCAAGCAGACGACUGGCGCGAAAUGGUUGCCAUACUGCGAGCCUUCAAGCAGUUAGAGCAGCUCCUACUGUGGCAGAACCAACAAAAGAUGAUGGAAGGUAAAGACAAGCUGGAUAUGGCGAUGCUGGCGACGUUCCCCCUGCUGUAUGAACUGCCCAGGGAGAUGGACAUCAACUGGAAUCAGCUCUCAACGCAUUUGGUUUGUCAGGAGUCCAGGCGCCGCUCCAGCGCUGAAGAGCUGCAGCUAUACCUCGAGAUCUGCGCACUGCUGAUGCAGGUCGCCUGCAUACGCCACUCACUGAAGCCGCAAAUGCAGCAGCAACUGCUGGCCAUUCUCCAGCGGCAUUUGUUCGAGGGAUUGGUGCACCUGUGCGCUGUUCGCCUGGAGACGCCAUCGAGUGCGCACACCCAGCUGCAGUCCUUCUAUGCCCAGCAAUACAUGAGCCUCAUUGAGUGGAGCGAGGAGACCUUCUGCCAGUAUCUGCCGCAGCUGUAUCUCUCGGGCUUCCUCAAGACAGAGCAACUGCUGAAGGCGCUGCCCUGCAUUGGGCAUCCGUCUGCACGGAGUCAAGUGAUUCGCCUGCUACUGUGCUCCCAGCUGAGUGCGUUUAAGGUGGAAGAUCGCGUGGAGUUGUACUGCCCGCAGUGUCGGCCACUGCCGGAACAGCUGCCUGGCCUCUUUCUGGGCAAGUCAAAGCCAAAUGCCGCCACGAAUCUGGAACUCAACAGCGCCACGCUCGAACUGAUUGUCAAGGAUUUGCUUUUCCAAGCGGAUUCCUCGUUCAUUGCCCAUCACCUGGAUGUGCUCGGAGUCAGUCCCGAGCUGGUCCUGCGCCUGCUGAAGGCGGGACUGCAGGGAGUGAGCGAGAAGAGCUUCAGUCUGCUGGUUCCCGCAUUGAGCUCAAAGUCUUCGGACUUCAUGCAACAGCUGGGCCACUUUAUGCUCGAUGCCAUCAAGCAAAUGCUGGCCAAGCCACUCGCAGAGCAAAGCAAAUUGGAGCAGCGUGCCCUGCUGCGCAUAAUCAUCUCCUGUGCGCACUCGGACAUUGAUGAGAUUUGGCUCUAUCACUGGUUCAAGAUGACCUUCUUCUUCCUGGUGCACACGCACUCGCUCGUGGCCCAGGAGGCUGUGAUGACUGCCACGGAGAUGUGUGCACGCCAUGGCCUGCAGACGGUCAACCUAUGGAACUGGUACAAGCGGGAUGCCCUCGAUCUGGCCGUGCGUCUUGCCCUCAUCGCAUACCUAACGGAUGGAGUGCGCUUCACGCGUUCCCUGCGAGCGCUCACCAAAAUGCUGGGCUUCUCGUGCGUGCAGGAGUUCACCUGCAAGUACCAUCGCCUGCUGACGGCCAUGGUGCUGCCGCACUGCAUCGUGGAGCCGCGCUGCAAGGGCGUACUCGUGCUGAUAGCCAAGCAGCUGCGCAAACCCAUUGCCACGCUCUUCACCAUCUCGUUUCUGCGGCUGUACACGCACGUUUACCUCACCGAAGAGCCAGAGCUGUCCAAUAGCUGUAUUCAGCUGGUGGUUAGCUGCACGCAGUCCAGUCUGCAGGAGCUUAUGAAUGCGGACGUUAAGCAAACUGUCGCCGAGCUGCUGAUUUACUUCAAUCGCAACCCCACGUUCGUGAUGAAAUCAUUCCAGAGCCUGCUGCAGCUGUCCGUGGGCAACGAGCAGCCCCUGUCCAGCCAGUCGGCCAAUGCAGAGUUUGCCACGUUCAUUGCCGAGCGAUUCCUGGGCGUCAUCACCUACUUUGAGAGCUGCCUCAGUGAGCCGUCCUUCGAGAAGCCCCUCAAGGAGGAGACGCUGUACAGUCUGGGUCAGAUUAUGCGCUUUGUGGGCGCGAAACAUGUCACCCAGUUCCGCUUCAAGAUCAUGGCCAUGCUCAGUUUUGUGCACACGCUGCAGGAGCCGCGACUGCAGCGCAUCUGCCUGAAGAUCUGGCACAUAUUUCUGCAUGUGGUGAAUGUCCAGGAGCUGGGCCCCUCCCUGGGCCGCAUUGUGGCCACGCUGCAGCCGCUGCUGCAGGAUGCGGAGAGCGUCAACCAAGUGAACGAUUUGUAUGAAUUUGUGAUCCUCCGCAAUGCCUCGAUGCUGGGCAACUUCAUCACGGAUCUGUACUUCCUCGAGCGCAUGGAAAACGUUUCCCCGAACAUCCGCGAGUGCAUCAAGCGGCACACCUCCCACCUAGACUUGGCUGGGAAGGAGGCGCACUCACCGCCACAGCUGCUCGAGCAGCUGCGCUUCCUGCACAAGCAGAUCGUCGAUGAGUGCCUGCAGGUGCGCGUCUACGGGCUGCAGCAUUUGGGCGAACUCUUUGGCCGCCGUCGCACGCAGCUCAACCGAAUGAUACUCAAUGAACUGCCGCUGGAGCCGCUGCUGGAGCAGAUUGUCAACGUGCUGAUGGCCGGCUGCCAGCACGACGACCGACAGCUGCAGCUGGCCUCGGCCAAGUGCCUGGGCGAGCUGGGAGCCAUCGAUGCCAGCUACCUCCUGUCCAACUACAACUUUGACAGCCCCCAGCCGCUGCCGCUGACCGUGAUGUCCGAUGACUUUGCGGUGCUGGCGCUGACUGCGCUGUGCCGCGGCUACCAGUUCCAGCAGAAGACAAAGCACGUGGACAGCUUCUCGCUGGCCAUCCAGGAGACGCUCGCCGUGUGCGGCAUCUCGCCCAAGGAGCAGAAGAAGGUGCGCCUCUGGCAGUCGCUGCCUGCGCGCAUGCGCGAGGUGAUGGAGCCGCUGCUGCAGUCCUGCUACACGAGCUGCCAGCGGGCGAGCAACUGCCAGCAGCAGCCGAUCUUUGGCAGCCAUUACUCCAACAACUCGUACGAGGAGUGGGCCUUCGUGUGGGCCAGCCGCCUCAUCGAUUACAUCCAGAAUGCGGACACGCGGCACUUGCUCAGCUCCUACAAGCCGUGCAUCAAGCGGGAUGGCAACAUGCUGAGCACCUUCUGUCCCUACGUUCUGCUGCACGCGCUCCUCGAGUGCAACGCGGAGCAGGGCCAGCACAUGCUGGAGGAGUUCCUCGCCGUGCUGCAGGCCAACGAGGAGAGUGCCAGCUCCAGCUCCAGCUCCAAGGCGCAGCAGGAGCUGGGCGCCGUCAAGGAGAACGCCUUCAAGAUGUUCGAGUCGAAGAAGUACACGGCAGGCGUCAAGCAGCCAGCGGGCAGCGUGCUCGAGCGGAAGGAGGACUCCAGCCAUGUGCCUCGUCUCGCUGGCAAGCUCUGUGCGGAGUUGCUGGACUUCCUGCAGCGCUGGCUACGCGAAUGGCAGCGCAUGCACGGCCGCAGCACUGCGGGCAGACCGCCCCAGGAUGUGGAUGCCAACUACGGGAAGAUUCACGAGUUUCUCGGGCGGAUACCCAAGCUGUUGGUCUCCCGCGCCAGCUACAACUGCGGGGAGUAUGCGCGUGCGCUGAGCUACCUGGAGAGCUAUCUGGAGGAGGGUGAGGACAAGUCCAAGCGCAUUCGGGAACAGUUUACGUUCCUCGUCGAGGUCUACGGCAAGCUGCUGGACUCGGACUCCGUGGAGGGCGCCGUGCAGGCGCGCAGCUACGACAUGAGCGUCACGCAGGACAUUCUGGUGAACCGUUUGGUGGAGCGGCAGCAGGACAUGAUCACCUGCUACGAGCAGCUGCUGUCCAGCACGGACAACCUGCAGCCGGAGCACAUCCGCGCCAUGAUCGAUGCCUACCUGAUGGACACGCCCAAGACCGCUCAGCUGAUUGCGGAUGGCCUGUGGCAGCGUCUCUCGGACCAGUACACGGAGCAAUGCUUCAGCGAGUGCAAAGCGGAGCUGCUCUGGCGUCUCGGCAGCUACGACGAGCUGGACGAUUGGAAAGCAUCCUCCAACUGGCCGGCACAGUGCGCCCAAGGCUGCCUGGCGCUGCGCCAGCCGCUGACCACGCGGCCGCAGUUCGACUCGCUGCUGGACGGCAUGCGGGCAUCGGUGCUGGAGCAGCUGCGCAGUUGCUCCGCCGUGCAGCAGCACUCGUACGCGAAUGCCUACGAUGCGGUGCUGAAGCUUCACCUCGUCCACGAGCUGCAGUGCAGCCAGCAGCUGGUGGAGCAGCUGCAGCGGGAGAGUGCAGAGGAGCGGCAGGAGCAGCUGAUGCGGGAGUACUUUGAGGACUGGCAUGCGCGUCUGCAGGUGAUACAGCCGCAGGUGCGCGUGCAGGAGCCCAUCAACAGCUUCCGUCGCAAUCUGCUGGCGGAGCUGCAGCAACGCCUCGCGGAUCGCCGACACCUGCAGCCGCAUCUGCAGACGGAGCUGGCCAGUCUCUGGCUGAACAGUGCGCAGAUCAACCGGAAUGCUGGCCAGCUGCAGCGGGCACAACUGUACCUACUCAAGGCGGCGGACUACAAGCCCAGCGGCCUGUUCCUGGAGCGUGCGCGGCUGCUGUGGCAGAAGGGCGAUCAGGUGAUGGCCAUGAACUACCUGGAGGAGCAGCUGUCCAUCAUUCGUGGGUCGUGCCAGGGCAAUGCCAAGCAGCUGUCGCAGGAGCAGCGGCAUCUGUACUUCGAGGGCAAGUACCUGCAGGCCGUGUACAAUGCCGAGUCGAUGCACCUGUGCGCGGAUGCCAUUCUGCGUUACUUCCACGAGGCCAUUGCCGUGCACCGCCAGUCGGAGGGCUGCCACGUGCAGCUGGCACAGUUCCUGGAGAAGAUGCGCGAGGCUGGGAGCAGCAAGUCGGGUGCGCCGGCCAGCCACGAGAGCGACGAACUGCUGCUCCAGAUUAUGCUCAACUAUGCCAAGUCGCUGCGGUAUGGCCGGGAGCACGUGUACCAGUCGAUGCCCCGCUUGAUCAGCCUCUGGCUGGACACGGCCGAGUCCUCCACCAACCCAGAGCUCGUGAAGAAAAUGAACGACUUGCUGGGCAACUGCUGCACCGCCCUGCCCACGCCCAUUUUCUACACAGUCUUCUCCCAGAUGCUGAGUCGCCUCUGCCAUCCCACGCCCGAGGUGUUCAGUGUGCUGCGCAAUGUGAUCAUCCGCCUCGUGGAGGACUACCCGCAGCAGUCGCUGUGGAUGCUGCUGCCGCACUUCAAGUCAGCCACAGCCAACAGGAUCAAGCGCUGCAAGCUGGUGCUCACCGAUGGCCGGCUGCAGAACGCCGCCUUCCAGAAGCUCCUGCACGACUUCAACUCCCUCACGGAGCGUCUGAUCGAGUUGACCAACAAGGAUGUCGCGCUGGAUCGCAGCUACAAGCUGAGCGAACUGGACAAGCGCCUGCCCAAGCUGUGCAGCCAGCCGGACUUCUCCAGCAUCCUUCUGCCCUUCGAGAAGUACAUGCAGCCCACGAUGCCACUCUCCCUGGAGUCGACCAGCGCAGCGACACUGUCCCCGCUGUCGACAAGCGGCAGCUCUGUCAACUGGUUUCCCUAUCAGCAGAUCUACAUCAGCGGCUUCCUGGAGCAAGUGACAAUCCUGCGCUCGGCGGCCAAGCCCAAGAAGCUGACAAUUCGCUGCAGCGACGGGCAGGAGUACGAUGUGAUGGUGAAGCCCAAGGACGACCUGCGACGCGACGCACGACUGAUGGAGUUCAAUGGCCUGGUGAAGCGUUAUCUGCACCAGAAUGCUCCAGCCAGGCAGCGGCGCCUGCACAUACGCACCUACGCCGUGCUGCCGUUCAACGAGGAGUGCGGCCUGGUCGAGUGGCUGCCCAAUCUGUCGUCGUAUCGCAGCAUCUGCAUGGCGCUGUACGCGCAGCGGGGACGGGUCAUGUCCAGCCGGCAGCUGCAGCAGCUGGCCCUGCCCCUGACCGAUCCCAUCGAGAAGAAGCGCGAUGUGUUCACCAAGCAGCUGCUGCCCGCCCAUCCGCCCGUGUUCCAGGUGUGGCUGCGUCAACGCUUCGCCACGCCCCACAGCUGGUACGAGGCGCGACACACAUACAUCCGCACCGUGGCCGUCAUGUCCAUGGUGGGCUACAUCCUCGGCCUGGGCGAUCGUCACGGCGAGAACAUACUCUUCGAUGAGCGCAACGGAGACGCUGUCCAUGUCGAUUUCAACUGCCUCUUCAACCAGGGCGAACUGUUGACCUACCCCGAAAUGGUGCCAUUCCGCCUCACCCAGAACAUGAUUGCGGCCAUGGGGCCGCUUGGAGUUGAGGGAAGCUACCGCAAGUGCUGCGAGAUUACGCUGAGGCUGCUCAAGCAGGAGGCCAAGACACUGAUGUCCAUGCUGCGGCCCUUUGUCUACGAUGUGGGAGCGCAGAGCCGCAACGCUGCCGCCACCACAAAGAUCACCAACGAUGUGCAGCGAAUUGCCGAUCGUCUGCAGGGACACGUUAAGCGCCAGAUGGCCAACAGCAUUCCACUGUCCACCGAGGGACAGGUCAACUUUCUCAUCGAUGAAGCCACCAAAUUGGACAAUCUGGCUGUCAUGUACAUUGGCUGGGGAGCGUUCCUCUGACGCGUCUACACUAAAAGUCAUUCAUGUCGAACCAACCA